AUGGCUAAUGAUUCAGACGGAUCUCGUCUGCUGAAAAGACCAAAGUGCGAUUCGACAGAUAGCCAAGCUUGUGCCGAGCCUAAGAAAGCUCGACUGGAGCACAGCAAAAGCGGCAACUUACCAGCUGUAUUACAGCCAUCUCCUCCAAUGACAGAUGAGGGCAAUGAAUCGAAAAACAGGUCCAUGGGGUGGAACACUCAGUUUGGAGAGACUUCGUUUGGCACACAUGCAGAGCCGGUUGUCGACACACCGCCUCUCUCCCCGAAGUCGACAUCCAUGGCCAAUGCCUCUGCUGAUGUCCUUCCCGACCCCUCUGAAAUGGAUAUAGAGGUUCUUUUUGCCACGUUGACCCCGGAAACCCAGAUGGAACUGGAAACUAUGGAAAUUUUAUGGGAGUUAUCUGGCCAAGACACGAGCGGGUUUGGACGCAACUCUUCAGGUCUUGAUCCCUCAAUGUACCAGCUUCCUUCGGGCGUCCCAUUCCAGAGUGAACCCUUGGCGACCUUGAAAGAUUUCAAGGAACAGAAAUGCGAUCAGGCUUUCGGCCAUCCCUUGACCUACUUCCAAGGUUUCCCGUUUAGACUCAAGCACCAGACUUUUACGUAUGCUGGAAGCGACGAUGUACACUCUUUCUCUAGCUCUGACGCUGAAGAUGACAUCUCAUCACAAGCCGACUCUGAGUCUAUCAUAAUCAGCAUAGAUGAACGAGAUAUCCAGCAACCCGCCCGCUCUACUUCACCGGAAUCCUUGUCCCUAGACCCCAAGGGCUUUAUUUCCGAGGAUACCUUUGGGACCUGA